AUGUAUUAUGUGCUUUUGCAGUACACUCCUGGAAAGCAGGCGUUCAUCAAAGAGGUCAGAGAAAGUAUCAGACUGCUGAGGGAAAUUGGCAGAGAAUGCAUUGAGAGGAGAAAAAAGGCUAUAGAAGACGGAGAGGACAUUCCCAGGGACAUCCUAACACAGAUCCUCAAAGAGCUGGAAGACGGAUACAACCUGGAGGACUUAAUAGAUAACUUUGUCACUUUCUUCAUUGCAGGUCAAGAAACAACAGCCAAUCAGUUGUCUUUUGCAGUGAUGGAAUUAUCACGAAACCCUGAGGUCCUGGUAAAGCUCCAGGUUGAAGUGGAUGAAGUUAUAGGUUCCAAACGGGACAUUGAAUAUGAAGAUCUUGGAAAAUUGCAAUAUCUGUCUCAGGUCUUAAAGGAAACUCUGCGAAUGUACCCAACAGUCCCCGGCACAUCAAGAUUCCUAGAAGAAGACAUAGUGAUCGAAGGAAUCAAGAUUCCAGCCAAGACAAAUGUGAUGGUAAAUACAUACAUAAUGGGAAGAAUGGAGCAGUAUUUCCCAGAUCCUUUUGUCUUCAACCCGGAUCGAUUUCACCCCAGUGCUCCCAAGCCAAGUUAUUCCUAUUUCCCCUUUUCUCUUGGGCCACGAUCUUGUAUUGGCCAAGUCUUCUCUCAGAUGGAAGCCAAAGUGGUCAUGGCCAAAUUCCUGCAAAGAUUUGAGUUUGAGUUGGUGGAAGGACAGAGUUUUAGGAUCCUGGAUACAGGGACCUUGCGACCUAUGGAUGGCGUGAUCUGCAGACUGAGUCUCCGGACAAACCAGAAAGCCCCAAAGAAAUAG